UCUCUGUCCCCCUGUCUGACUUGGUUCUCGACUGCUCUGGGCCGCCGUUGUAUUGUGGGAUCGCGGCGCCGUCCCUGAGACGCUCAGAUCCGCAGGGGAGUCCACUCGAGAGCGCCUCCUGUCGUCCGUAAGGCUGCCCUGCCAUUCCUCGGCACCCCAACUCCCCCGCCCCCCCAUCGCCGCCUCCUCCUCCAUCCUCCAGUUCAAAAUGGCGACGGCGGCGGCAGCGGCGGCGGCGAUGGCUCCUCCGGGUUGCCCGGGUUCGUGCCCCAACUUCGCCGUAGUCUGCUCCUUCUUGGAGCGCUAUGGGCCGCUGCUAGAUCUGCCGGAGUUGCCGUUCCCUGAGCUGGAGCGGGUGUUGCAGGCGCCGCCGCCGGACGUCGGCAACGGAGAAGUACCAAAAGAAUUGGUGGAGCUCCAUUUGAAGUUGAUGAGGAAGAUUGGAAAAUCUGUUACAGCAGACAGAUGGGAAAAAUACUUGAUCAAGAUAUGCCAAGAAUUUAACAGUACGUGGGCAUGGGAGAUGGAGAAGAAAGGAUAUCUUGAAAUGAGUGUUGAAUGUAAACUAGCACUCUUAAAGUAUCUCUGUGAGUGUCAGUUUGAUGACAAUCUUAAAUUCAAGAAUAUUAUUAAUGAGGAAGAUGCUGAUACUAUGCGUCUCCAGCCAAUUGGGCGAGACAAAGAUGGCCUUAUGUACUGGUACCAGUUGGAUCAAGAUCAUAAUGUCAGAAUGUACAUAGAAGAACAAGAUGAUCAAGAUGGCUCUUCAUGGAAAUGCAUUGUCAGAAAUCGAAACGAGUUGGCUGAGACUCUUGCACUCCUGAAAGCACAAAUUGAUCCUGUACUAUUGAAAAACUCUAGCCAACAGGACAUCUCUUCCCGGGAAAGUCCCAUCUUAGAGGACGAGGAGACUAAAAAAGAAGAAGAAACACCUAAACAAGAGGAACAAAAGGAAAAUGAAAAGACAAAAGGUGAAGCGAGGCUAGUAGAUUCAGUAAAUUGUUCUACAGCCAGUGUUCUAGAAGAGACUACUAUGAAAAUUGAAAAAGAAGAUCAAAAGGAACUUGUGAAACUGCCAGUAAUAGUGAAGGUAGAAAAAACUUUGCCAGAAAUCGAGGAAAAAAAGAUUGUCAAAGAAGAAAGUGAUUCUUUCAAGGAAAAUGUCAAACCCAUUAAAAUCGAAGUGAAGGAAUGCAGAGCAGAUCCCAAAGAUGUCAAAGGUAGCAUGGAGAAACUGGUGGUACAGGAACCCGAGAGGCUAGAGUUUAGUGGCAAUAUCAGAUCUUCUCAAGAAAUUACAGAGAAAUCUACUGAAGAAACUGAGAAACUUAAAAAUGACCAGCAAGCCAAGAUUCCACUAAAAAAACGAGAAAUUAAACUGAGUGAUGAUUUUGACAGUCCAGUCAAAGGACCUUUAUGUAAAUCAGUUACUCCAACAAAAGAGUUUUUAAAAGAUGAAGUAAAACAAGAGGAAGAGACUUGUAAAAGGAUCUCUACCAUUACUACUUUGAGUCAUGAAGGGAGACUAAUGGUAAAUGGAGAAGUUGGUGAUGAAAAGGUAACUCCAACUUUGAAGACAGAACAAAUAGAGACAAAGUUUUAUGAUACAAAGGAAGAUGUCUACAAUAGCUCUUCUAAGGAUAGAAGUGUCAUCAUGGAGGGGAAUGGAGCAGAAUGCUUAAAUUCUGUCAUAACGAGUUUGAAAAUAAGUGAGCUUGAGAAAGAAGUCCUUUUAGGGAAGGUUGUAGAUAGUUCAGUCUCAGUCUUAGAGACCCAGAGUCAAAAAGGGCAGUUAGAGGAACCUGGUCCUCCAGAAAUGGAAACUUCUCUUGAGUCAGAUUCUGAGAUAGUAAAGGAUCUCUCUUUAAAAACUGCUUUAUCUGUCACUGAAUCCUGUACCAUGAAAUUUGAAGAGAAGUCCCCCAAAAGUAAGAAGGAUAAGAGUCCACCAAUCCUAGAAUGUCUUGAAAAGUUAGAGAAGUCCAAAAAGACUUUUCUUGAUAAAGACUCACAAAGAUUGAGUCCCAUACCAGAAGAAGUUCCAAAGAGUACUCUAGGAUCAGAACCACCAAGUCCUCCUGACGCAUCUGAAACUUUCCCACCAACUAAAAUGACUGGGCAUUGUGAAAAACCAGACUUAGAAAAAGAAGGGGUAGAGUGUCAGAGUACAAGUUCUUUUGAAGGUCAGUUCCUGGAAAAAGUAGACCCAGAAAUUCUCAAAAGGGAUUCUGAGUCCAAGAAAGUAGAAAUGGAUAAUCUAGACAAUGAGGAUCCUUCUGAAACAAAGGGUUCUGUGCAAAAAAGCAAAUUUAAAUAUAAGUUGGUUCCUGAAGAAGAAACAACUGCCUCAGAAAAUACAGAGAUAACCUCUGAAAGGCAGAAAGAAGGCAUCAAAUUAACAAUUAGGAUAUCUAGUCGGAAGAAGAAGCCAGAUUGUCCUGCCCAAAUUCCAGAACCAGAAAGCAAGCAAGAGAAGACAGAAAAAGAAGAAGAGAAAACAAAUGUGGGCCCUACUUUAAGGAGAUCUCCAAGAAUAUCUAGACCUACAGCAAAAGUGGCUGAGAUCAGAGAUCAGAAAGCUGAUAAAAAAAGAGGGGAAGGAGAAGAUGAUAUGGAAGAAGAGUCAGCAGCCUUGCAAAAAACAGACAAAAAAGAAAAUUUGAAAAAACUGGAGAAGGAUACAAACUCUAAAGGAGGCAAGGUAAAACCCAAAGGCAAAGUUCGGUGGACUGGUUCUCGAACACGAGGCAGGUGGAAAUAUUCCAGUAAUGAUGAAAGUGAUGGGUCUGACAGUGAAAAAUCAUCUGCAGCUUCAGAAGAGGAAGAAGAAAAGGAAAGUGAAGAAGCCAUCAUAGCAGACGAUGAUGAACCAUGCAAAAAAUGUGGCCUUCCUAAUCAUCCUGAACUAAUUCUUCUAUGUGAUUCUUGUGACAGUGGAUACCACACGGCCUGCCUCCGCCCUCCUUUGAUGAUCAUCCCUGAUGGAGAAUGGUUCUGCCCCCCUUGCCAACAUAAACUGUUAUGUGAAAAAUUAGAGGAACAGUUGCAAGAUUUGGAUGUUGCCUUAAAGAAGAAGGAGCGUGCUGAACGAAGGAAAGAACGCUUGGUGUACGUGGGUAUCAGUAUUGAAAACAUCAUUCCUCCACAAGAGCCAGAUUUUUCUGAAGAUCAAGAAGAAAAGAAAAAAGAUUCAAAAAAAUCAAAAGCAAAUUUGCUUGAAAGGAGGUCAACAAGAACACGGAAGUGUAUAAGUUACAGAUUUGAUGAGUUUGAUGAAGCAAUUGAUGAAGCUAUAGAAGAUGAUAUCAAAGAGGCUGAUGGAGGAGGAGUUGGCCGAGGAAAAGAUAUCUCCACCAUCACAGGUCACCGCGGGAAAGAUAUCUCUACUAUUUUGGAUGAAGAAAGAAAGGAAAAUAAACGACCCCAGAGGGCAGCUGCUGCUCGACGAAAGAAACGCCGGCGACUAAAUGAUCUGGACAGUGAUAGCAACCUGGAUGAAGAAGAGAGUGAAGAUGAAUUCAAGAUCAGUGAUGGAUCUCAAGAUGAAUUUGUUGUAUCUGAUGAAAACCCAGAUGAAAGUGAAGAAGAUCCACCAUCUAAUGAUGACAGCGACACUGAUUUCUGUAGUCGUAGAUUGAGGCGACACCCUUCCCGACCAAUGAGGCAAAGUAGGCGUUUGCGAAGAAAGACCCCAAAGAAAAAGUACUCUGAUGACGACGAAGAGGAGGAAUCUGAAGAUAAUAGUAGAGACUCUGAAAGUGACUUUAGCGAUGAUUUUAGUGAUGAUUUUGUAGAAACUCGGCGAAGGCGGUCAAGGAGGAACCAGAAAAGACAAAUUAACUACAAAGAAGAUUCAGAAAGUGAUGGUUCCCAAAAGAGUUUAAGACGUGGCAAAGAAAUAAGGCGUGUUCACAAGCGUAGACUUUCCAGCUCAGAGAGUGAAGAGAGCUAUAUGUCCAAGAACUCGGAAGAUGAUGAGCUAGCUAAAGAAUCAAAGCGGUCAGUUCGAAAGCGUGGCCGAAGCACAGAUGAGUAUUCAGAAGCAGAUGAGGAGGAGGAAGAGGAAGGCAAACCAUCCCGCAAACGACUACAUCGGAUUGAGACAGACGAGGAGAGCUGUGACAACACUCAUGGAGAUUCAGAUCAGCGUGCCCAUGACGGUCAGCCCAGGGUCCUGCCCUCAGAGCAGGAGAGCACCAAGAAGCCCUACCGGAUAGAAAGCGAUGAGGAAGAGGACUUUGAAAAUGUAGGCAAAGUGGGGAGCCCAUUGGACUAUAGUUUAGUGGACUUACCUUCCACUAAUGGACAGAGUCCUGGCAAAGCCAUUGAGAACUUGAUUGGCAAGCCAGCUGAGAAACCUCAGACCCCCAAGGACAGCAGCACAGCCAGUGCAAGCCUAGCCCCCAAUGGGACGAGUGGUGGGCAAGAGGCAGGGGCACCAGAGGAGGAAGAAGAUGAGCUUUUGAGAGUGACUGACCUUGUUGAUUAUGUCUGUAACAGUGAACAGUUAUAAGACUUUUUUUUUUUUUUUUUCCAUUUUUGUGCUAAUUUAUUCCACGGUAGCUCUCACACCAGCGGGCCAGUUAUUAAAAGCUGUUUAAUUUUUCCUAGAAAACUCCACUACAGAUUGACUUUUUAGAAGAAAAAAAUUUCAUCAUACCCUGAAGUUUUUCUGUGAAGUGACCAGAUAUGAACUUUGAAGAUAAAUAAUUGCUGUAAAUUUCUUUUUAUUUUCUUUUUCCAAGUUCAUGGUCCUUGGUAAUUUCAUUCAUGGAAAAAAAUCUUAUUAUAAUAACAACAAAGAUUUGUAUAUUUUUGCCUUUAUAUUUCCUGAGCUCUCCUAACUUUGUGAAAAGAGUGGAUAAGAAUGCAUUCCAAAUCUAUAAGGGCCCAAAACAGAAUUUAGGGGUGGGAGAAAGCACUUGUGCUUUAGCUUUUCAUAUUAAAUAUAUAUUAUAUUUAAACAUACAUGGCAUAGAUGAUGAUUAACAUACCUUUUAAAAGUUCAACUCUGUACUGUUGCAGUUUGAGAAAUAUAGAUAAUGUCAUACAUGAAUCAUUUAGUAAUAGCCUUCGUAAAAAUCAACUUGUUUACUAUUGGAGUUACCACACUUUAAAUAAAGAAGAGACCGUGAAAGUACCAUCAUUUAAAAAAAAAUAAUAAAUAACCCUAACUUUCUGUUAAAGCGGAGUUUCUUGUUUAAAAAAGAAAACUCAUCUGAAAAGCAUUUGCACAGUAAAAUGUAUAAUGAAGCUUUGACAACCAGAUUGUGCUAGCAACAGAUUUUUUAAAAAAUAGCUUUAUCCAUUGGUAACAAGGUGGCCUCUGUCUCGAGGAGAUUUAGUAAAAUAAAUGUGGUCUUUCCUAAGACCCAGCUGGACUAUAAACUUUGCCAAUAAUAUAACUCCUGCCCUCUGGCCACUUGAUGUUUUAAAUAUCUGAAACAUCAUUUUGAAAAAAAUAUAUCUAUAUGUAACACAUGUGAAGAGAUGCUAAGCUGACAAUGGUAUUUUAGCACAUCUGAAGAGUGGGAAAGGAUUUUCAGGUGAAUUUUAACUGGUCUAUUCUUGCCCUUAGUAUCUACUUCAAAUUGAAGUCUACAAACAAAGCAGUUCCUUUGGGAGGUUUUUGAGUUUUGGUGUGUGUAUAUGUGUGAGUGUGUAUGUGUGUGUGUGUGUAUGUGCAUCCACCUGUGUGUGUGUUGGAUUUCCUAUCUGCCUGGAUAUAUUAGCAGGUUUGAAUGUAGUUUUGGCCUUUGGCCAUUAGACUUCUAUUAAAAUUCAUUAAUAGGCACACAGCCAACAUAGAGUUGAUUGAGAACCGCCGAUAUACCGAUUAGGCAUGAUAUCCAUUUUAAACAUCUCAAUACUUUCUAAAGAAAGACAAGCCCUUUGUUUCAAGAAAAGGCAGUGUUUAACUAAAUAACAUAAUUGACACUAAAAUAUGAAUUUUAUCUUAGUCUCUGUUACAGCUGUAAAUUUUCAGGCAGAGCCCUAACAUUGUACAGAAUGUAGCAUUUGUGAUUAAACUUUGCUAUCACAUUCUGAAACCUUCAAUCAGUACUUCUGUGAGUACUUUUGCCCUGGGAUUUGGGUUUUUCUGUUCCAGUGUUGUGUCUGUUGCCGGCAAUGGACACAUCAUAUCUGCUGCUGGCCCACAGAACUUCAGUUUUCUUUCCAAGUUAUGCACUAUAUGUGCUAGUCAGUGUAUAGUAAAGCACUUCUUUUUUUUUUUUUUUUAAUUACUAAAAGCUGGCAUAGACUUGCAUUACAAAUACCUCUCUAGAAACUUUGACUUCUACUUUUCCUCCCACAACAGGUGUUACCCUUAAAUCUUUUGGCCUUGAAAGUUUAUAGCUGUUGCUUUUCAGUUGAGUUUUUGUUUCACCUUAGUUCUGUAGUAGCUGCCCAUUAAUAUUUUUGCCUUGAUUCUAGUAAUGUAUAUGUAACCGUAUAAAAAAUAAAAUAAUGAAAGCAGCCUAAAAAUAGGAUGCAACAAUAGCAUGUGGUUCCAAGUAAAUUGUGAUUUUAUUUUGAUACACUUGUUCCACUGGAAGGGAGGGAAGGGCUUGCAUUCCCAGGCAGUGAAGCAGGGCUAGAAUGGAGCCACACUCACUUGCAAAACCUUCUUUCUAGCUAGGUUUGCUUUAUUUAUUUGAAAGUUAGCUAACAAGCUUAAUCUUUUUAACUUUCUAAAACAGGCAGGCAGGAAGAUUCCUACUAGUGGUGCAAGGUAAGUGGUUUGACAUAUAUAUAGGUGGCCUUUUCUGCCACUCAGUCACCUACUGUUUUAGUCCUGCAGCCAGGUAAAGCCACUAUGAUAUAGAAACUCUCCCUUGUGCCCUAUCUCUACCUCUGGACACAACAGCUCCUCCUUCUACCUAUUAGUUCUAUUCCUCAGUUACGCACAGCUGAUCAGUAGUAUUAAUGGGUAGAUAAUUUAACAGGAUGUCUAUUGUGAAAUAAGGAGUUUUUUUUACCCUUGCAUUAUAUAAAGCCCAAGAUAAUUUUUAUACUAAAGACUGAGUAUUCCACUUAGCAAAUGUCCCACUGACAUAGGUUAUGAAACCACUUGUGCUGCCUGAUAUUUAUCAAACUUGAAUAACUGUGUCAACUUGAUACUGAGUAUCUCCCUUCUAAUCUUAUAUUUUGAUUAAUUAUAGUUCAUUUACCAAGAAUAUAAUCCAGGCAGCUAAUAAACACAAAUUAUUACUCUGCAGACUGAUUAUAGAUGAUUAAAUUUUGAACAGUUCUGCUGCUUGGCUUUGGGUUUUUGUUUUUUUGUUUUUUUAGUACUGAGGAUUAAACCCAGGGCCUCACUCAUGGUAGACAUUUGUGCUUCCACCACUAAGCUGUAACUUCCCAGCCUUGCUUCAUGUUUAGAUUCAGCUCCUCAGAAAUACUUACAAUAAAGAUAUUCUGAAGAAGUUUCUUAAAAAUUCUAGGAAAAAGUGUUUUGUAAAAAACACAAUAUAGUCAUUUGUAACUGGAGAAAAUAAAGGAAAGCAGUAAUUUUUAUAGUAUAGACUCUCUUGGAUCAUUCUUAAAGUGCCAUCCAUGGAUUAGAUUCACAAUAGCUGCUGUAUCAUAAGCCCUUUAAUAAUUUAAGCCCCCAACUUUUUUGAAAUACAACUUGGGCUCCCAUUAUCAAACUGGUCUAUGGCAAAUGUAUUAAGACUAGUUUCGAAUUCAGAAGGUUUACUACAAUUUCUGCAAAUUUUCAUAGUGUAGAAGCUUUGAGUUGAAUAUUGUAUGAAGAGGACAGAGUCUGGUUUGGGCAACAUUUAUGCUGAUAAAAUAGUGUUUGGUAUAAAAACAAUGUCCAUUGUUGGCCCAUUACUGGAAAAUGAUGGCAGAUAUUUUAAAGAGAAUACAAGAUAAGGCUGGAUUUCCUUGAUACCCAUUUUCAUUGAGAACAAAUUCAAGUUAUUGGUAAUCUCCUUUUUAAAAAAGUGAUCUGCCACAAAACCAAAAAGUUGAAAUGGUAAUGAAGUUGUUGAAAAAAACAUUUUUUAAACACAUUAAUUUUAAAGACUAUUACACAUAUCCAGAUUUCACUGUUUGGAGGAUAGCCCAUUUUAUCAUAUACAUUUUUUUUGGGGGGGUACCAGGAAUUGAACUCAAGAGGCACUUGAACACUGAGCCACAUUCCCAGGCUAUUUUGUAUUUUAUUUAGAGACAGGAUCUCACUGAAUUGCUUAGUGCUUUGCUUUUGCUGAGGCUGGCUUUGAACUCUUGAUCCUCCUGUCUCAGGCUCCCAAGCCGCUGGGAUUACAGGCAUGCGCCACGGUGCCCUGCCCAUUCUGUAAUAUACAUUAAGAAAAAUGUGGACGUUUACUUGUUUAAAUUGAGAGUCAAAAUGAUAAGAAUUGUAUGUUAUUUUUAAGUGGGGCUGAUGGAAUUUCCUUUGUCACAAAGAAUGCCUGGAUAGCUUCUAUUUGUGGUCAUAAGGGAUGCUGACCAUUCCCCUCUGUGGUAGAACUAUUUUGUUCUACCAUAUAAAUGUAAAGAAUCUAAUGAAUCUCUAAGUUCAGUGCUCAGAAAAAACUGUGAACUCCAUUCUUUACAACACAGUGGAGCAAGACCAUAAUUCAAGAUGUUGUUUUACAGGUUUAGAAAACAGUAUUCAGACCCAGAUAUUUUUUCAAAUUGAAUGUGUAUGUAUACAUCACAUACACACAUGUUCUAUAUACACACAAACACUUUGGGUAAGUAUUAAUGUAUCCAUCAUUGACUUACAAAGAGAAAUAAGGCAAAUAAUGGCAUUGUAACUGAUAUCAAAUUAUGAACAUCAUUUAAUUACAGAUAGUCUAGAGAAAAAUAGUUUCUCUUAUUGGUUUGACAGUCUCAAAAUAUAUUCCUGGGUCCCCAAGAAGCAGAGAAUGCCAACACUGCAUAUCUGCUGUAACCUACCUAGUCCUCAUCUGCUUAGUAUAAUCCAUUAUGAAACUCUUUGAAAAAAAUCCAUUCCUAUUCUCAGUGUGUACGUGUAAACCUACCUUGGAAGUGGCAAGCUAACUGCUGGAUUUUUUUUUUUUAGUUGUUUCUAUACCAAUUCUAUAAAAGAUAAAGUCUUUCGUUAUCAAUGUAUUUAAAAUGGGUUGUUUUGUGUUCACUUAAAUGAUUUGUUUUCAAAAUAUUUCACUUCAACUUAAAAUUAUUUAACAUUUUAAGUGCCAAGAAUUGCUAAGUAACUGUGUAACAUAUUGAAGAUAGAGUCAUUUCCAAGUAAGUCAUAAGCCAAAAUGUAGAAGGCUUCAUAUAUAGCUACUUCAGAUUGUAAACCCAACAUUUAUUUCAUACAUCCAAACCCUCUCAGAAGUUGAUUAAAAUAGGAUCCCCUAAAAGAAUGAACUUUUUUCCUCAUCUUGGUCAUGUAAGCUCUUGGGUUUUUUUGUUUGUUUGUUUAUUUUAUUUCAUAUUUAUACCACUUUGCUCUGGGAAAUACUGUAAACCCAAUUCUGGCACAGUAUAGUGGUUUCAAUUAUUGAAAAUGUUAUUUUUAUUAUAAUAACUUUUAAGAUGAGUCUAUCCUUUACAUAAGUUAUAUGAGAGAGGGUACAACAAAUUAUUAAAUGAGUAAGAAUUUAUUAAACACCUUAGACAUUUGGAAUGAAACAUUUUUAAAAGGAACUACAUUUGUAUUUUUGCCAAACUGGUACAAGCUAGAGAAAAUGCUAAGGACUGAAUAACCUGCCUUCUUUUUGCCACUGGAUGAUGUAAGUUAAGAAUGGAAUUGUUAAUCCUGACUUUUUAUUUUCUUGACUUUCAUCAGCUUCUAAAGGAAUCUAAUUUAAGUGUUUUGGAGUUUUGUUUGAUCUGUAUUUAUUGAGUUCUGGUCAGAUACCAGGAACCUGCAUGUCAUGUUUAUGGACAACCAGAACACAGUCAUUGGGGAACUUAAUGGAUCAAGACCUUCUGAAUCGUUUAACUUAUUUUGUAUGUUGCAAAAAACAAACAAACAAAAAAGUUUAUUUUGCUUGAGAGUCACAUUUUUUUAUAAUUGUACAGCUUUUAAGGGAUGGGAGGUGGGAAAAUACCCUAAAAUAGGAUGUAGAUUUUUAAAAUUGUGUUUAUGCUAGAACAUCUACAGGUGCAUUAUGUAAUUAAACCUCAGAUUGUUUAAAAAUUUGUGCCAUGGUCUUUUUCAUUCUACUGCCCAUUAGCAGAGUUGAUGCAUGUCAAUACUGCUAUUAUGGACAAACCUUGAAAUUAAAUUAAAACCACUGUCUCCAAAGCUUUAAGAUCGUUGCAUGAAAAUUAUACCCAUACGUACAUGUAGACACAUACAUAUACACAAAGAUCUAGUUAAUAUUAGUGUAAAUGAAUUUUCAGGAUCAGAACAGGUAUAAACAGCCCAAAUUUGGCAGUUAACAGCAUAUUGUUUCAGUGCAUGAUUUCUGUGAUGCCUACUAGGGUAUUCUCAAUGUCGGUCUGGUGUUUUGUUCUUUUAUCAAAAGUAGCUUCUUGAUCAUUGUAUCUGAAUAAUAGCUUGCCCAAAACUGCCAUGAGGUUUUAUGUACACUUUGAAAGGGGAAUAUUUUGCUCUCAGAUGGGGGUGGAGGGGUAAGGCUUGAUUUCUUUUCUCUGUAAAGAAGGAAAAACUAGAAUUGCUCAAUUUGGUAUUCAAUAGACUUAAUUUCACAGAAAUAUUUGCUGAAUCAUGGCAGGAGGGGAAAUUAAGAUUCAAAUUUCAAUUCUCUCCUUUUUUUGGUAAGUAUUUUUGAAAUCUUGUAGAACUGCUGCUUUUAGCACAGUCUUUUUACAUGGCACAUUUUACCAUGUUUUACUGACACCUUUUUAAAAUGCCCGUACUUUCUGCCAUAUAAUUUUACCAUUAUAAUUACUCAUCUUUGUAGCACAACUGCAUUCUUGUAAAGAAUUAAAAUAAUCUAAAUGUGUCCUAAUUUUUAAGCUACCUUCAUCUAUUGUUAGCUAAUGUGGGAAGUCAGUUUCUUUGCUAUCCUUAUCCAUUCAGAACACUGGGGACCAUGAAUUUCCAUGUGAGGAAUACAAUUCCAGAUAAGAAUUUAUAAAUUGUCUAUUUUAGAAUUUCACUUUAAUUUUAAAGUAGGAAGUGGGAUUCAGGAAGUGUUUGGUCAGAACGCCUCUUGGAUUUUCAGACAUGCUUAAAUAUGAAAUGCUUUAUUUUCCUAUGCAUAAAAACUUAUUUCUGGAAUAGGUUCUCAGAAUAUUUUGUUUCUAGAUGAGAGCUAAAGCAGAAGCUCCAAGAUUAGCAUAAAUCUAACUCUUGAGGUAAUUAGAACCGUGAUGUUAGUCAAAUAGAAGAUGAAGUGCUUUGUCACAUAAUAAUGUACUGCAUGUGUGAGGGAGGGGGGAAGAGAUCUGAAAACUGGAAACGUGAUUCUGAUAACACAAAGUAAAUUCUGUGCAUAAAAAGUAUGGGAAUCCUGAUAGCUUAAUGCUUCAGAAGUUAACUGCAGUGUAUGAACACCUAGUGUGUUAGAAUUGCAGUGCAUAGUUGUUCAAAUACAAUAUUCCUUGUGACAACCAAAAUGUUGUGGCUGAUGCCAAUAUUUUUGUUAAUGAAAUGUUCAUGUCUCACUACAGUCUGAUCAGAACUCUUAGUGUUAUAAGCCAGGCCUAAAGCCAUUUUAUAGCUACUGGCCUAAUUGUGUAAUUUUUUUCUUUCAUAAUGUUUUAUUAUUAUAAUACUUCUGUCAUUUCUUUCACUUAAUAUAUGUCAAUUGUCAUAAUAAAAAAUUUAAAUAAUUUGA